AGCAUAAACAUACCUAUGCCAAGCUAAAGUUAACAUAAAGUGAUAUACAGAUACACCUGGUUUUAUAUUUCUUGUCUGGGGAAGGGCUUUUCUGAUAGUGCAGAAUAACAUAGCAGGCUAGCAGCAGAUUCAUCAAAAUCAUAACAUUUCUCAUUCAGUUUGUUGGUUUCAUUAGCUUCACUUCAUGGAGGCUUUUCAAGAACAAGCACAAGAGCAUUUGUUGGCAGUUGAUGUAGAUGAUAAGGCAAGUGUACAGAGGACUAAGAUUAAAAUAAGUGGUUUGAAAAAGGGAUCAAAUAAAGAUGUAGCAAUUCUGAGGAAUAUUGAUUUGGAGGUACCAAAGGGUGUGAUCAUGGGAGUCAUAGGGCCUAGUGGCAGUGGAAAGUCGACUUUGUUACGAGCACUUAAUCGCUUGUGGGAGCCUCCUUCUGGUACUGUUUUCUUGGAUGGUGUUGAUAUUUGUGAUCUUGAUGUGCUUUCCCUUCGUCGCAAAGUUGGAAUGCUUUUCCAGCUUCCUGUUCUGUUUGAAGGCACAGUUGCUGAUAAUAUACGAUAUGGACCAAAAUUGAGAGGAAAGAAGCUUAGUGACAGUGAAGUACAUAAGAUGCUUAAGCUUGCUGACCUUGAGAUCUCAUUAUCUGAUAGACCAGGUAGUGAACUAUCAGUUGGACAAGCUCAGAGAGUUGCACUUGCUAGAACCCUGGCUAAUGAACCAGAGGUUUUGUUGUUGGAUGAGCCCACAAGUGCAUUGGAUCCAAUAUCGACACAGAACAUAGAGGACGUUUUAGUGAAGCUAAAGACAAACCAAGGAAUGACUAUUAUCAUGGUUUCUCACAGCAUCAAACAGAUCCAGAGAAUUGCGGAUGUUGUAUGCCUUCUUGUGGAUGGUGAGAUUGUUGAAUCCUUGGAACCUGAUAAACUCUCGCAAGCUAAACAUCCGAUGGCGCUAAGAUUUCUUCAGCUCAGCUCUUAAUCUUUUUCUUGCGUUUUGGAUGUUUCUCCUUCUAUUGUUCAAGAAUUCUAAUAUUUAAGCCAAAGACAGAUUCUAGCAUUAUUUUGGGCUAUUCUCACUGUAAUGCUAAUAAUUAAUGUAUUUGCUUGUCUUGGAGUUUACCAAAAAUUGCCACAGUUGAGUGAGCCUUGAAAGAA